AUGUCCGCGCUGUUUACACGAACACUAGCGCGGCGGCUCGUGUCAGCCCGCGCUCCAGCUCUGCGCUUUGCUCCAGCAGUCGGCACCCUCGGCAGGCGGAUAUCCACUCCACACCUCACCCACAACCUUCCCUCCCUCACGCGCAACUAUGCGCAGCCGGCAGGCUCGACUCGGGAUGCGAACGCAGCCAAGACGGCCGAGCUGCGUGACGAAAUCGUGAGCGAGAUCGAGGCUCUUGCGUCAAAGCUCUCCGCCCUCGGCCCAGAACAGGCCAGCACGCCAGGCUGGCUCCUCCCCCUAACCCGUGCCGAAACGGACUUUGUCAACAUGGGCCAAGUCCCUUGCCCGGAAGGAUGCGAAGUACUCGCCCUCCUCGACCUCAGUACCGGUCCGAAGGGUAUCGAACAUCCCGGCGUUGGACCGGACGGAAAGGGCGUGCACGUCCCCCUCUUUGCGCUGGUCGGGUCUACCGAUCCCACAGUCCCAUGUUAUCCCGUGGGCAACUUGUUUCGGGACACGGCGGAGGGUGUGAUGGGCAAGAUCCGUGUUGCCGUCGAUGCUCAGCGCCAGAGUGGCCCCGAGACUAUUGCGCGGGGUUUGACCGAUGCGGGUCGCGACAAGGACGCCGAACUGGUUGCACUCCUGGUCCCACCUGAUGGGAAGCGCGAUCUUGGGCUGCCCCUCGCACUUGCGCUGUUUCGCCUCGCCAUGGCCGAGGGAAACGGGUACACGGGCUGA